AUGAAGCGAACCAAAAAACAGAGGCAUAACUUACAAAACUUUUGGGCUCAAAGGGUAAGUUCCAUUUUUUUUUCUUAGGUUCAGUGUUCCUGGAGAGCUAGAGUUUAUAAGAAAUUGCAAUAUAUUUGUAAAAAAAAAUAACAAAAAACAAAAAUAAGAAUAUGUAAAAAAACCAGAAUAGAAAAAUAGAUAUCAAUUUGGCUUGAAAGAAGCAAUAUUAGGUUCAUGUAUAUUGCUUUGCUGAUCCACUGGAGUGCUUGAUUUAUAUACAUUCAAGGGAAAUUUAAACAUUUUUGAGUUUGAGAGAUUUAUAACUCAAGUUUCAUGAAUAAAUUUUGAGUAACUGUCUUCAUUUUCCCUCAAACUUUUAAUAUAUAUUAUCUGUAUAAAAUAAAUUACAUGCAGCAGUUGCAAUAUAGAUAUCAAUACAAAUGUAUCAAUAUAGGUACAAAUAUUUGACCUUGUACAUUUUGUCAUCCUUGAAGCUCAGAUUAGCUUGGUCUUGGAAAGCUGUUUGCUUGUCAUUGCUUGAAUAGAUAAUUUCUACAAUACAGUUUAAAUCAGCAAUGCCUAUUUUCAUGCACAUACACAAAAGAUUUUACAGUUUUACAGUUAUACAGUCGCUGACUGAGUGUGACCUUUCAAAUCAGUACUUACUCUUAGUGUUUACAUUUGGGCAACAACAUUCUUGACUGUGUGUAUAUAGUAAAAAGCUUUCAAAACACUAUUUUAGUUUAAAACUGCACGUCCAUUGCAAGGGUUUGUAUAACAGUUGAUUACCUAUGACCUCAGCCCACAAAAUGUUUUAUACCUUUCCCUUAUUUAUGGGUUCUUUUUCUUGCAGCCAAGUAAACUUUCUGCUAUCUGCUGCAAUAAUUUAAAACUUACUGAAAGCCUGAUUUUUACAUAUUAUCAGAUGUUGUCUAUAUUUGUAAUCAUAAUCUUGUUCAUUAAUAAAAUACCCCUGUGUUCAGGAAAAAAAUGCCACAGUACUGUUAACCUCCUUUUUUAGCCAUUAACAAAAGGGAAUAAUUCUUGUUAAAACCGAUGGAAAAAUGCUGCUAAAUUUUAUGAUUGUGUGACCUGUACAUGUAAUGUGACAUGAAAGUCAGAUCGUUUUACAUAUCUUUUGUAUUUAUGCAAAUUUCAUCCGGAUUUCAGUCUUUUGUGUACUCGGGUUUCAUUGCCAUUCACUGUUCAUGUGGCAGUGUCUGCAUGCAUAAAUUAGUCUAGUUGAAUUUCCACUGUAGUUCAACUAUUUGAGACUCCCAGGGGAUUAAAACUUAACACAUAUUUGACAGUAGCAUAGUUUGACAAGCAUAUUAUCAAGAAGAGAGGUAUUGUUGGUAGUUAAAAUUUACAAGGCUUUUACUCUUGUGAAGAACAUGAGUUAUAUAAAUCAUCUUUAUAUUUAUUCCUGCACCUUCCAAAGUCUUAAGCUAAAUAAAGUAAUUUAUAUUAAUUGUAGCUUGUGCCUUUUAAAUAGGCUGAAAAUUCUCAGUAAAGAGUUUGUAGUUGGUUCCUAAGCUACAUUCACUUUUUUGUAGUUCUUAGAAAUCUUUUUCUUUGAUCUGGUUAUAUAAUGUAAUGUGGAAUUUAACACUACUCACAUGGUCAUAUGGAGGCUUACAGUAUGUCUGUGGUUAAUAAAUUAUGGUGAUCUUUUAUUGUUUAAUAUUUAUUAAGCAUUAACACAUUUUGUUAAAUUUCUAAUAGCAUUAUUUUGAUAUACUUGUUAGUUGUUGCUCAGUCCUCUAGAUUCUCUACAUUUUAAACAAAUAAUGGUAUUGAUAACCUUUGAAAUAUGAAGCAGAAACACAUGCAUUUUGUUUAGUUUUGUUUUAACAUAUAAAGCUUAGAAGCUGUAUCUCCUGUGCAUGUACAUGUGUACAAACUAUACAAGGCAUGACUGAAGCAAAUCUUUAGUGUGAUUAGCUUGCCAUCUUGUCAUGCUGGAGGUAGUUCAUAUCUUUCCUGCUUCUUCUAGGUGGCGUGACAGCAGUUUAGCAUCAUACAUGUAUUUAUAACAAUUUGUGUUUGAGAUUUGUUUUCUGCAAAAUGAUGAAAAAUAAGUUCUUGAGAAGUGACUGUUUUUGAUUUAUUGUUGUUGGAUACGUUAUUUUGUAAUUGUUUGGCCAUUUCGAUUGGCUUUUGUCAUAUUUUUCUAUAAAUUAUGCUUUGGUUGAUAGUUAAGCAUACAUGUAAGUUACUUCUCUAUAUUUUUCAGGGAUACUGUUGAAAUCCCUAUUAAACAGAAGCCUAGGACACAGAAUCAAGUGUCCANUCAUAUCUUUCCUGCUUCUUCUAGGUGGCGUGACAGCAGUUUAGCAUCAUACAUGUAUUUAUAACAAUUUGUGUUUGAGAUUUGUUUUCUGCAAAAUGAUGAAAAAUAAGUUCUUGAGAAGUGACUGUUUUUGAUUUAUUGUUGUUGGAUACGUUAUUUUGUAAUUGUUUGGCCAUUUCGAUUGGCUUUUGUCAUAUUUUUCUAUAAAUUAUGCUUUGGUUGAUAGUUAAGCAUACAUGUAAGUUACUUCUCUAUAUUUUUCAGGGAUACUGUUGAAAUCCCUAUUAAACAGAAGCCUAGGACACAGAAUCAAGUGUCCACAUAAUACAGUGUUGUGUUUUGGCUGGUACAACAUGCAGCACAAAAUAAUGAUGAUAAAAACUAAUAAUGCAAAUGCAAGAGAGGUGCACAUGUCCAAUACGUGCAAAAGAAAGCAUAGUUAGAUAUAUGUGUGCAUAAUAUUUGAGCCUUCCAAUAUUCCAUGCAUGGCAGUGGACAAACAUUUUCACUUUGCAUGCAUUUGGUCCUGCAUUUGUAUUUGCGGAAAUGUCCCUUGGUUUCUUCAGGACUGUGGGAAGUGUCUGUAAUAUUGAGAGUUGCAUGUGUGUAUUAUAAAUAAAGAGGUACUUACUACAAAGGUGUAACUAUAUCUUUGUGGCUUUUUUUGUAGAUGGUAGAUGACCAAGUAGUUCCACAUUUUUCUAGAUUUCUUCACGAUGACCCGUAUGUUAAACCAUAUCAAACUGAGAUUGAAAGAAGGUAGACUUUGAGGUCAACGCUGAAAAAUGACACUGAAUUCCCUGCUCCAGAAACAACAAGAGGAAUAAGUACAAACUUUCCAUGCAAAGAUUUCUGGGAUGGUGUGGGUGGACUAGCGUUACUGAAAUGAAUUGUUAAUGGUUGCCUUGAACACCAUUGACUAAUUCCGCCCACAUGAUCCCAGAAAUUGUUGGGCCAAAAGCUUUGAUCUGCCCAUUUCCCUUAUACAGUUUCUGGAGUGAGGAAUAGAGAUGUUUCAAAUAUACUUUUAGUCCUGUAGGCAGUUGAAUUUUUUAUGUUAUGCACUGGUAUCAUAGACUUUUGUUGUUAGUGUGAUUUCCAUUACAUGCACCCAUAUCUCCCAUUUUUCCUCGUUGCCCUCCACAGAUUAAUGAUAAUUUUCAACAUAAAGGUAUCACCCACAGUUCAGGACCAAUCACGAGUGAAUCCCCACAGCACUUGUGUUUUAAAUAAAAGUGCUACAGACUGUACAUUUUAUAAAAGAUUUCCAGUUCAAGGUUAUCUCUUGUUUAAUUGAAAGGAGCAAAAUCUAAACAAUAAUUGCCACAUGCAUGAUAACCUGCAAAUUCAGCCGUCACUCCUCGCUCCUUGGGUGGAGCCAAUGACCUGUUUGUAAAACUCUCUUAUCUAAGUUGUCCUGCCACAGGUAUAGAGUGUUUUGUGGUCUCAAGAAGCAAAUUGAAGACAACGAAGGUAGCUUAGAGAAGUUUUCAAGAGGCUAUGAGAGACUUGGAAUCAAUAGAACACCUGAGGGUUUGAAGUACAGAGAGUGGGCCCCCGGAGCACAUGGAGUGUUCCUUACAGGAGAUUUCAGUAAGCAAACUUAUUAGAGUGAUUUUCGUAUGACCUUGAAAUGAAAAUGCACAAAUAAAUGGAAAUAGAUCAAUUUGAUCGGCUUGUCUAAGGGAUAAAAUCGCAUUUGACUUUUGGUUGGUUAAGCGAACGCUCAGCUGAAAAAACUUCAUGCCCAAAGAACUUUCUACAAAUCAAUCGAUACUUCACUUUGAUGUCAUGCUGCAACACCAAUCAAACAAUUCCUUCUCCAUAUUAGGUUUUUCUUUGGCAGGAAGUUCAUGUUUUGAUCUUUUCAUCCAUUGGCUGAUAAAACAAAUAAUGAACAUUUACCAAAACCAUUUUUCAAGGUCGUAUGAAAAUUGCUCUAAUCACAUGACUGCUGUUUUAGUACCAGGAAAUGCUGCUGUGAAGAACAAGAACGAAUGUUCCAGGGGUUUUCUUUUGAGAGGGUUUUGAGAGACUCUCAUUCACAACAAGGAUACUUACCAUUCCUCAGUCAUUCAAGCGUGUAUGACACUUUCCACUGGAUAAAUUCCUAUGCAGUUGACAAAGUAAUUGGUUCCCCUGUUAGCUAUUCACUGGAUAUUAAUUUACUUAUCCGCUAGAUAGCACUAUUCAACGUUUAAAUAACGAGGGCCUGAUCGUUUGAUUAUGGCUUAGGCUUUACCUCAGUGUGGUUUCUUUAAAUUACAUAGAUAUUUCUUUGUGUAACCCUAAGUGACACCUGUUUGGGUAAAAAUGAAGAGCCCUCACAGCAGGUCUAAGAGUCAAAAUCUUGAAAGCCAGUCAAAAUUUUUAUAGGAUGGUUGUAACUUGGAGGCUAUCAGCUGAUGCAAAGAGUUUUUGUUGAUGUUGUUUUUUUCUAGAUGGAUGGAACAGGACUUCUCAUGGAUGCACAAGAAAUGAGUAUGGGGUCUGGGAACUAACCUUACCUUAUAAGGAAGAUGGAUCAUCCCCUAUUCCCCAUGGAUCAAAAGUUAAGGUAAGUAAGUUAAUCACAGUUUCCAAGGAGACAAGUUGUUAUUGCAUUCAUCGAAGGAGAACGCAUACUAUUUACUCGGCGACCGGAAAUGAACCGCGAUAAGGGCUACAACCUUCCCCCAAUUUAUGGAACAAUUUUGCAGCCUCAUCAAAAACGAGGCUGUGAAUAACAUCAAAUGUCAUCACUGAUAAAAGGGAUCCUGAUGUGUUCCGAAAGCUCUGCUUAACUUUGAACAAAUUGUUGGUUUUAUAGCGGUAAUGAGAAAUAAAGGGUUUAGGGGAGGUUUUUGCAUGAACAUUAUUUAUAUAUCUUGGACUAUCUGGCACGGACAGUCUGGAUCUGUUGAUACCUAUAACUUUAAACUUUUUUUAUACAAAAUAAAUAUUAUGUGCAAUUGAAAAAAAGAAUUUAAUUAAUCAGUGUUAAAUCUAGGCAGCGUUUUUGUGUCAUUGACACAGAAUAUUCCAAUUCUGAUGCAAAAUGAAAUUAUCGUGGAGUCACACUGAUGCAAAAAAGGUUACCUCAAAUUCAAGUACUUCCAAAUCAGUAGUCAAUAUAAAAAUAGAAAAGGUGUGCUCACUAGCCUAAAAUAAGCAUGCAAAAUGACUGCCAUUUCAGUCUAUGUCCUAAUGAGUAGCUUUUGUUUCAGGCCUUUCAUGCUGUACAGAGAGAGUGGAGUGUACUUUUUGACGUCCUGCACACAUUGCUUUGCCAAUCAAUUCAGGCUUUGUUUGUUGAAUUUGUUCUUUUCCUUCAUUCAUUAUGAAACAACAACAAAAGCGUGAAGAAGGCCUGGAUAAGGAUGGUGGUGAAGCUCAUGAUAGUUUGGAUGAUGGCAGUUGUUCAAAGUUUCAAUAUCAUAGUUUGACCCAGAACUCAAUUUAAAAUGCCAUGUGGGACAUGUGACCCACUUUGACUAAUUGCUAGAUUGAACACUGAAUUACAUGUAAUUCCACCUCAGGUUGCAAUCCAGCUUGAAAAUGGUGAUCUAGUGGACCGUGUUUCUCCAUGGAUUCGCUAUGCAGUUGAUCCAAAUGAUGGAACACACCUGUAUGUAGGAAUUCAUUGGGAUCCACCACAACCCUACCAGUGGCAAAACAGUAAACCCAAGAAAACUUCAGGCUUGCGCAUUUAUGAGUGCCAUGUUGGUAUAGCUUCCCCUGAACUUAGAGUGGCCAGUUACAAAGAGUUUGCUUACAAUGUUAUUCCAAGAAUAAAGAAGCUAGGGUAUAACUGUAUACAACUUAUGGCUGUUAUGGAGCAUGCAUAUUAUGCCUGCUUCGGUUACCAAGUAACAAACUUCUUUGCAGCUUCCAGGUAACUAUAACAAUAAAUGCAUAAUUCUCCUCAUAUAACUGUAUACAACUUAUGGCUGUUAUGGAGCAUGCAUAUUAUGCCUGCUUCGGUUACCAAGUAACAAACUUCUUUGCAGCUUCCAGGUAACUAUAACAAUAAAUGCAUAAUUCGUCUCUUCCCUUAUGGGGCUUUUCAGGGAUAUGAAAUAAAUAACUCAAAUAGAACAUAACAAGGUCAAGAGUCACAGCUGGUAGGAGGUGAACCAGUUGGCUGUUUACAAGUGUGGCGGCAGAUUUGAGCUCAGGACUACAGAGAACAAGUCCAGCUAGCAGUCAGGGUGAGACCUGAACUUGAUGCAUCUGUAUUACACGUGCAUUAUCAGGGCUGUGAUCUAGCAGAGCCUGGUGGCCCCUGGUGCCUAACUUUUGCCCUCGGGCGACUAGAAAAUCUCAGAUUUUUCAUACAAAUCAUAUGCUGGGCACCCUGGAUUUUACACUUUCAGAGCACUGGGCACCCUUCAAUUUUCCUUAGAGCGCUAGCACAGCCUUGAUUAUUCUAACCUCUCGGCUACACUGCCACUCUUCAAGUCACUUAAUGUAAAACCAAAGAUAGUUCAAAACAACUUGGCCUAAUAUGUGUAUGUACUUGCAUUUGUAAGGAGUCCUGAACUGUGACAUUUUUGGCAUUUCCCAUGUUUUGAAAGUGAAAUAGUUUCAAAACCAGAGGCUACAGGUUAUCUUUAUUUAUGUCCAAGUGAUAGGGUAAAUUAUGCAGACUAUUAAUUUUUUCAGUAAAAGUGUUGUUUAUAAUAUUGAUAUUUACUAUUGUUUUGCUACCCUUUUACUCCUACACCAUUUUAUUGCAAGGUCUUUAUCACUGUCACUUUUUGAUCUGUCUAUGAAUUCUUAUUGUGUUACCAUUGAUUAAUAGAGCCUCUUUUAAACAACUUUGACAUAGUACUAUUUAUUUCUAAAUAUAUGAUGUUACAAAAUAAAAUUUAAGGUUUUUUUUGUGAAACUCCUCUUUGGUCACCAUUACGAGUGGAAAGGUUGUUCAACUUGAUGGGGACACUCAGAAUACGCAAACAAAAAAGAAUUAUUGAAAAGCAUGUUAAUUAAUCAAUUUUCUUCGCUUGUGCCAUAAAGUCCUUACUGCAACCUUGGAAAAGAACCUCAAUUACAUGUAGAUAAUGGCAUUUUUUCUUGUUGUUUAAUGUCACUCAGUCGUUAUGGAACACCAGAGGAGUUAAAGGAAUUAAUUGACGUCGCUCAUGGUAACGGCAUUCUAGUCUUACUAGAUGUGGUACAUAGCCAUGCGGCAAAGAAUGUGCUUGAUGGACUCAAUCAAUUUGACGGCACUCACAGCUGUCAUUUUCAUGAUGGUGGACGGGGCUUCCAUGAUCUCUGGGACAGCCGGCUGUUUGAUUAUACCAAGUGAGUGGGAAAAUCUAAGACAUGUUUUUUAAUCUUGACUGUUGUUGACUCUUUGAGUCCCAAUAUCCACAUACAAAUUUUCCACACUUGUCUCCAUACAUAGUCUGCGAGCAAGCUCUCUGGGCCGCUCUGGCAGCGGGGUGGGAAAAGGAAGGAGAGCUUGCAACUAUGUCUCUGGAAUUUGAAUAUCUGCAUCGAAAAAGUUGAUUCAAAAUGCUGAUUGGCGGAGAUGACGUUAGUAAUGAUGCCAUUACCCUUGGCAUGUGUUUUUCAAAAUUUGUUGACAUUCGUGCUCAAAAUAAUAAGCAUUUUUUCCUUGGUCAUCGUUUUGUUAAUUAUUCUCGCAACCUUUUCUCUUGAUGAUAUAUUGAUAUAGUUAGGAGAAAACUGGUGUUGGUCAAUCUUGGGACUCAGAGUCUUACAUGCACUAUGGACCUUGAAAAACCCAGAACUUCAUUUAUAAUCAUAAAAGUUGUCAAAUCCUUCCCAAGGAAAUCCUCGAAAAUCAUGCUGUCUUACAAAAGUAAAAAAGGGUAAUAAUUCUCUCAAAAACCAGAUCUAAUGAACUGACUUUCAUCAAAACUCUCGACAAAAAUUUAUCUACACUGUUCCUCUUGAUGGAAUCCAUCCUCCAACAUUUUUACAUGUAGGUUUUGUAAGACCAAAACGUGUGAUAAAGAAACAAGCACGCCUCAACUUUUGUAGUUUCAAUAAAAAGUUGUUUCAAUACAAGUUUUUUCAGUCGAGGUGUAGUUCCACACACUUGGCUUAAAGAACAAAGAAUAUUCACCCAAAAUGCUUUUCUUGUUUACUCGCAAACUAUACUUGAAGUGAACAAAAUUUGUAUGCAAUUUCACUGCUUGGGUUUGUAUUGAAAUGACUUCUAUCGAAACAACUUCUUAUUGAAAUGACCAGUUUCUGACACAUGCAGCUCAGAUAAUAAUAAUGUUCUAAUACAUGUAUGUACUUUAUUGUUUUUUACCAUAUGAUCAGGUGGGAAGUGUUACGAUUUCUUCUUUCCAAUCUUCGAUGGUAUAUGGAGAACUAUAAGUUUGAUGGCUUUAGAUUUGAUGGUGUCACAUCCAUGAUUUAUCAUGACCAUGGACUUGGACAUGGCUUUGGUGGAGACUAUCCAGAUUAUUAUGGACUUGGGGUGGACACAGAUUCACUUAUCUACCUGAUGUUAGCCAAUGAUAUGCUUCAUUCUCUUUAUCCUGGAGUCAUUACUAUAGCAGAGGUAGAUUUAACAGUCAUUGUUUAAAAUAUCAAGAGUAACAGAAGGUGGAGGCAAUCAUCACCUUCUGGGUGGCUAGAUAAUACUCCCCGAUUCUCUUAGGAGGUGAUGGGUGUAAGGAAAGAAAUAUUAGGUCUUCAAUCCUAGGUUGGACUGGUUUUGGGAGAUCGUAAAUUCCAUUUUCUGCUACAUAUAGCAGAUUUAAUCAUCUGUGAAAUAUAUUUUUAAUUUCCUUUUUAUGACCUGUAGUUCGUGGAUGCCAUGUGACAGUAAAAAUGUAAUUCACUAGUACUAACUCAGCUUGGUUAAUUGUUUAUAGGAGGUGUCAGGAAUGCCAGGCUUAUGUCGUCCAAUAGCAGAAGGUGGAACAGGCUUUGAUUAUCGUCUUGGUAUGGCCAUACCUGACCUAUGGAUCAAGGUAUAAACAGUGCUUUCAGAGUUUACAUGAAAAGUGAUGCUUCCUCUAUGAUAUGAAGACUCUGAUGCAGCAGCUAUAUUUCAUAAAAAGUGAAGUCGAUUCCUAUUACACUGAUGGAUUUUUGUGUUUUAGUUUGGGUUUGGACAAACGUUAGUUCUUAUCAUUGCUGAUAGAGAAUCUUCACAACCAGUGUUACAGCAUGUUAGUCUUGAUAUAUCUUUUUGCAAAACUAAUGGGGAAAACCAACCUUUACGAUUAAAGGAGUUCACGCUCGGCUCAUAGUUGCAUCAUGGGUAAUCAGGGCAAGGUGGCGGGAAAUUCAAAGAUUUGUAUUGGAAUUCAAAGCCAGCUAAUUAUUCCUGAAUUCAUAUACUUGAUGCUUUCUCUUUGAAAAGAGUAACUUACGACUUCAAAGAAGCCAUACCUUAAAUCUGGACUGCAAAGAAGUCCGUGAUCAGUUUUUAGAAAACCGUGAUAUUCCUAUAUAUUUUCUGUAAUUCGGCAGUAUCAAAAUUACAGAAAAUGUAUGGAAAAAUUGGGGUUUUCUAAAAACUGAUCACGGACUUCUUUGCGCUCCAUCUUGCCCUGAUUACCCAUUAUGCAACUAUGAGCGUGAACUCCUCUAUCAUCCUAAAGGUGACUUGAAAUUACUGAAAAAUGGCAGGGGAAGGGAGCGACUAUGGGUGGUUUUCUUAUAAACGUGUACCUUGAUGAAGGAUGUGCGGCUGGGCUGGGAGGUCGGCUGUAGCGCUUAGAAUUACUUGGCUUUCAGCUUGUACGUGGUUCUUUUAAUUUACAUUAGUAGCAUUGCGCUUCAGCAACUGCGCUUGCAAAAAUUUGCUGAUAACUUCGUUGUCCAUAAUUAUCUUAGAUUCUGAAAGAAAAGAAAGAUGAGGAUUGGCGCAUGUGGGAUAUUGUGUGGACCCUGAUAAACCGUCGCCAUGGUGAAAAAACCAUUGCUUACGCUGAGUCACAUGACCAGGCCCUUGUGGGUGACAAGACCAUUGCAUUCUGGUUAAUGGACAAGGAGAUGUAUUGGUUCAUGUCAGAAACCACCCCCCUAAGGCACUGA